CAUCAGUUCACUCGCAGCAUUCGUUCUAAACUAGUGUUUUGUGUUAGUCGUGCAGGAGAUCCAAAAUGUUCAAGAUCAUCGCUUUGGUUGCCUGCCUGGCCGUGGCUGCCGUUUCGGCCGAAUACUACCUCGGGGAGCACGUGGAGCACAAGGAGUACCACUCCCACCCCAAGUACAAGUACGAGUACGGUGUAAAGGACGGACACACCGGUGACCACAAGAGCCAGUGGGAGCAGCGGGACGGAGACGUAGUGGUCGGACAGUACACGCUGGACGAAGCCGACGGAACCCACCGCGUUGUCGCGUACAACUCGGACGACCACAACGGAUUCCAGGCCCACGUGCAGCGCGUCGGACACGCCCACCACCCCCACGGAGAGAGCUACGCCAACAUUGACCAGCACCACUAGGAGGGAACGGGAGGGAGAAGCCCGUUCGGACUGAGCAAAAAAUCGUUUCGUUUUUUAUCACAUUAAGUCACCAUCAAGUUGUUGUUUUUUAUUUAGAGUUGCGUUUUCGCAACCAUGCCAAAUCAAUAAAAUGUUCCUCGCUCGUACAAGUUA